AUGGAGGAUUCAAAAUGUUUCAUCUGUGGUGAUAGUUUACAAGGACAGGUGACAACAGUAAAAGAAAAAGGUAUUCUAACUUUCAUGGAUAGUAGUAAAAAAAGAAAGGAUGGGAAACACAUUUUGUUAAAGGAUGAAACCUCUGUAACUGUUCAUGAAAAAUGCAGAAAAAUCUACAAUAAGCAGUCCUACAUUGAUGCUGCACUAGCUGAGCAGUCUUCUAGACCUAGCGCCUCUAGGAGAUCGAAUCAACCGCUGUUUGAUUUCAAGGGACACUGUCUCUUUUGUGGAAAAGAUGCCUCCGAUCAAUUUAUAGAACGUCAAAAAAAAUUAAACCAAUCACGACGCGAAAAAGUUCAUGAAGUGACUAAACUGGAUUUUAAGCAAAAGGUUAUUGAUGCAGCUAAAACAACCAGGAAAAGUGAUGAAUGGAGUAACGCUGUAGUUUUUCGAAUUGAAAAUGAGAUUGAUCUUAUUGCAGCUGAAGGGAGGUAUCAUGGAUCAUGCUUAGGAGAGUACGUAAUGUCACUGUCUACCGGAGUUAUAGGAGAUGAAAACGUAAAUUGCCAUCUUUCAGACCAAAUCGGAAGUUCCAGUCUCGAAAGCAUUAUUGGAAGCAAUUUUGGUCAAGUGAAGUUCUCCAGAAAGAAAAGAGUGCUACCAAUGCGUGGCUUCACCAGCAGUGUCAAGUUGCAUGACGAAGUAGUGCCAGUUGACCUAUAUACCAUUUUCAGGAGAAUCUCAUUUCAUAAAAAAACCGAAUACGAACUCAAAAACUACUUUACAUAUGAAUUGGCUCCAUACCCACCAUCUUUAUUUGAUGAACAAGGAAUGAUGAGGAAGUCACGUAAAUCCGUUUUCUAUGAUUUGUUUAAUCCAGUGGAAACCCCGUCAAACAUCGGAAGUGCACUUUAUGUGAUCGACGGUGGCUUUCUACUUCACCGAGUACCGUGGGAGUUGAGGGAAAGAUUCUCGUCAAUACUUAACAAAUACGUGGAAUAUGUCAAAAAAUACUUUGGGUCACGAUCAAUCAUUGUAUUUGAUGGCUAUCCAGACGACCCUGGAGAAAAGAGCACAAAAUCUGCAGAACGCCUCAGAAGAAACAAGUUCAUGGCCGCAAAUGUUAAGUUUGACGAAUCCUUGUUAUUGACAAUAUCAAAAGAUAAAUUUCUUUCGAAUGAAGGAAACAAAAAACGAAUGAUCUCAAUGCUGAUCAAGAAAUUUUCAGAGGAAAAUAUCUCUGUCGAACAAGCUGCAGAGGAUGCCGAUAUAACCAUUGUCCGACGAGCUAUGGAAAAUGCUACACACUCUGAAUGUGUGGUUGUGGUAGGAGAAGACAUAGAUCUUUUGGUGACAACAGUAAAAGAAAAAGGUAUUCUAACUUUCAUGGAUAGUAGUAAAAAAAGAAAGGAUGGGAAACACAUUUUGUUAAAGGAUGAAACCUCUGUAACUGUUCAUGAAAAAUGCAGAAAAAUCUACAAUAAGCAGUCCUACAUUGAUGCUGCACUAGCUGAGCAGUCUUCUAGACCUAGCGCCUCUAGGAGAUCGAAUCAACCGCUGUUUGAUUUCAAGGGACACUGUCUCUUUUGUGGAAAAGAUGCCUCCGAUCAAUUUAUAGAACGUCAAAAAAAAUUAAACCAAUCACGACGCGAAAAAGUUCAUGAAGUGACUAAACUGGAUUUUAAGCAAAAGGUUAUUGAUGCAGCUAAAACAACCAGGAAAAGUGAUGAAUGGAGUAACGCUGUAGUUUUUCGAAUUGAAAAUGAGAUUGAUCUUAUUGCAGCUGAAGGGAGGUAUCAUGGAUCAUGCUUGAAAACCCCGUCAAACAUCGGAAGUGCACUUUAUGUGAUCGACGGUGGCUUUCUACUUCACCGAGUACCGUGGGAGUUGAGGGAAAGAUUCUCGUCAAUACUUAACAAAUACGUGGAAUAUGUCAAAAAAUACUUUGGGUCACGAUCAAUCAUUGUAUUUGAUGGCUAUCCAGACGACCCUGGAGAAAAGAGCACAAAAUCUGCAGAACGCCUCAGAAGAAACAAGUUCAUGGCCGCAAAUGUUAAGUUUGACGAAUCCUUGUUAUUGACAAUAUCAAAAGAUAAAUUUCUUUCGAAUGAAGGAAACAAAAAACGAAUGAUCUCAAUGCUGAUCAAGAAAUUUUCAGAGGAAAAUAUCUCUGUCGAACAAGCUGCAGAGGAUGCCGAUAUAACCAUUGUCCGACGAGCUAUGGAAAAUGCUACACACUCUGAAUGUGUGGUUGUGGUAGGAGAAGACAUAGAUCUUUUGGUAAUUAUUACUGCGUUAGCUCCUAAUAGCGAUUCGUUAUUUUUAAUGAAGCCUGGGAAAGGAAAUAAUGCGACUGCAGAUGAGAUUGGUGCUGCGGGCGAACAAGUUAUUGCGGCUUUGUAUGCCGGAUCGCUUCUCCGAUCUUCCUCUCUGAAUGAAAUACGCUUUAAACUGUUCACCAAAUCCUUAGUACAAAAUAACUUCAACCUGGCUACUCUUCCUGCAACUGAAGAAGCUGCUAGACUGCACUCAAUGAGGGCCUUCCUACAGGUUAAUUUGUGGAAUGGUCAUGAUAUGGAUCCAGUUCAAUGGGGAUGGAAGAUAACUAAGCAUGGGCUGCUCCCAGUACCAUCGACAGCCGAACAAGCCCCGCAGGAGUUGCUUAAUAACACUGCCUGCAAAUGUUCAAAGGGGUGCCGAAAUGCGUGUGGUUGUAGGAAACAAGGAAUGAAAUGUUCUCCAAUAUGCUAUAAUUGUAGAGGAGCGUCCUGCAGCAAUACACCAGAUGAAAUUAUUGACGACACAAACUUAAUGGACGACGAAGUGAAGCUAUCUGAUAAUGAUGACGAACUUGAUGAGCUUCCGGAUGACGAAGACCUUAAAGUGGACCAAUUGAUUCAGUCAGCUUCUACUUCCAAACGCAGCAAAUUCAAUUAA